CUUGACGUGCUCCUUGGAGCAGCAGCAGAGCAACAGAAGCAAGCAAGCGUGCGAGUGUGAGUGUGUGAGCGAGUGGGCGAGUCCUACCUUGCUGCGCGCCGUCACGGUCGGUCAGAGCGGCUGUGCGUAACUCGGCCUUGUCGCCGCCACCUGUUGCUCGUCCUCGUCAACACGCAACUCCACUCACUCCUCCUUCUCACACAGCAUCGUCGGGCGGCCUCGCAACUCCCACCUACUUGUCACUCAUUGCAUCGUCUCUCUCUAUCUCACCCAUUCACUCUCGUUUGCUUUCUCUCUCUAUCACAUCAUUUGGCCCACCCCACCCCCCUCGCCACCCAUGGCCGCAACCCUCGCGCAGCCCCCACCCCCGUCGGCGGCGGACCUCCUCGCCCUCCCCGCCGGCAGGGCCCAGUCAAUCGCCUAUGUCGUGCUGUAUGCGCUGUUCGUGCUGCUGUUCUUUGGGCGGCUGGUCGCCGGUGUCGGCGGGCGCAAGUUUGUCUUCUCGGCUCUGGCGCUGUUGUCGGCCGUCCGCGUCGCGACCUUUGUCGUCCAGUACCAAAUCACGACGGACCGCGCCGCCGACUCGAGCACGUUCAAGCACGAUGCCAUCGCUGCCGCGUGCCUCGUGCACGCGGGCAUGGUGAUCCUCCUCGAGGCCGUCACCGGCCUCCUCCUCGACUGGUACGAGACGGUCCGUAACCGCCCCAUCUCGCACCCGGCCACCCACGUCGUCCACCCCGGCCGACACGUGCUGUACGCGGUGAUCCUCGCGCUCGGCAUCGCAGGCUGGGCGCGGCCGACUGGCUCUGGCACCAACGGCCUCCUCCUCGCCUCUGGCGUGCUGUUCCUCGUCGUCUCGGCGACCAUCCUCGCCGCCACACUCUGGAUGACAUGGCUGCCCGUGCCCCGCGCGCGCCCGAUCAACAGGUGGGGCUGCAGCCUCCUCCUCGUCCUCUGCGCGCUCGCCCUCAUCCUGCAAGGCGCGUACGUCGUGUGGUCCGCCGCGCCAACAGCAUGGGUACACACCCCCGCCGCCCAGACGGUGCUUGUCGUCGUGCCGGAGCUGCUGGUGCUCCUCGAAAUCGGCAUCCACUACCUCGACGACCUGGGCGGCAUCUACUGGAUCUGCGCGCGCCGCAGGGACAAGCCGCGCGUCGUCGAGGGCUUUGCGCCUGCCGGCGAGGGCGAGGGGGUGUCGCCGACGGGGGAGAAGUGGCACUGGGUCGGGCCUUGGGCAAGGGAGGUGUAGGAGGUCGCGUCGCGCAGUGGCGCGGCGCGACGGUGCGCCGAGCCGUGUCGGCGUCAGUGUCUGUCCGUCAUGUGUCCCCUCCCCGACGCCGCCCAGUGUAUCCCAAAAUGAACUUUCACGUCUGUCCGUUAUGAUUGUUGUCGAGGUGUACCAGGUAUCAUAGGCAGUGUUAGGUAUCAUAUGCAGUGUUGCGUAUCAUGC